ACACACCGCACGAGUGAGCGGAGUGUUGCGUCUUCCGAACGAGUAUGAUUCUGUAUGAAUCGAGCUAGAGCGUGACCUUCAUUUGAACCUGCCAGCCACAGUCUUCUUCUCGUCCGCUAGCCUCCUUAACAUCUCAGGAUUUUCACAUAAAAUCUUCGACAAACAGUGAUUUCAUCAAGAUGUCUCGAGACCGAGCCUCGAGAAGGUUUUAUCGGGUGGACAGCGGUCAUGACCUUCUGGACUUUAUGGAUCGAGGCCAUUCUGCACAGCACGAGAACCGAUGGACCUUCGAGGUUGCCUGGGAGGCAGCCAACAAAGUGGGUGGUAUAUACACGGUGAUAAGAUCAAAGGCUUAUGUAUCUACGGAGGAAAUGGGGGAUCAGUACUGCUUAAUCGGUCCAUAUAAGGAAGCCUGUGCUAGGACUGAAGUUGAGGAGGCUAACUUCCCAACUCAUAGUCCUCUAAGCAAAGCUGUGCAAGUCAUGCGUGAUCAGGGCUUCAAAGUAGUAACUGGAACAUGGCUGGUUGAUGGGAAUCCUCAAAUAGUUUUAUUUGAUAUUGGAAGUGCUGCCUGGAAAUUAGAUGAAUACAAACAGGAGAUGUGGAAUACGUGUCAUCUGGGAAUACCUCAUCUGGACAUAGAGGCUAAUGAUGCUGUAAUCUUAGGAUAUCUCGUUUGUCAAUUUAUUUCUGAAUUCAGGAAAGCAGCUGAAGAAUAUUCACCUGUACAACCACGUGUUGUCGUUCAUUGUCACGAAUGGCAAGCUGGAGUUGGGCUGAUUGCAUUGAGAACCAGACAUGUCGAUGUGGCUACAGUCUUCACUACCCAUGCUACUCUUCUUGGGAGAUAUCUGUGUGCUGGAAAAACAGAUUUUUACAAUAACAUGGACAAGUUCAGUGUUGAUGAAGAAGCUGGUAAACGGCAGAUAUAUCACAGGUACUGUAUGGAGCGAGCUGCAGCACAUCUGGCACAUGUAUUCACAACUGUAUCAGACAUUACAGGUUUUGAGGCUGAGCAUCUCCUCAAAAGAAAACCAGAUUUUAUUACUCCGAAUGGUUUGAAUGUUAAAAAAUUCUCAGCAUUGCACGAGUUCCAAAAUUUGCACGCAAUAAGUAAAGAAAAGAUUCACGAGUUUGUCAGAGGUCACUUUUAUGGCCAUUAUGAUUUUGACCUAGAUAAGACUUUAUACUUUUUCAUUGCGGGACGCUACGAGUUUGGGAAUAAAGGAGCUGACAUAUUCAUUGAAGCAUUAGCUCGAUUAAACCAUUACCUAAAAUCGUCCAGACCUGAUGUUACCGUUGUUGCAUUUCUUAUUUUCCCUGCAAAAACCAACAACUUUAAUGUUGAAUCAUUACGUGGACAUGCGGUAACGAAAUCUUUGAGAGACACCAUCAAUGACAUACAACAAAAAAUCGGAAAACGAAUGUACGAGUUGUGUUUAUCUGGACGAAUGCCUGAAAGUCAGGAUCUUUUAGAGAAAGAUGAUACAGUCAAAAUAAAGAGGUGUUUGUAUGCAUUGCAAAGGGAUGGAUUGCCUCCAGUUACUACCCAUAAUAUUGUAGAUGAUUGGAACGACCCUGUCCUAGGAGCAAUACGGCGUUGUAAUUUGUUUAACACAGUCAACGACCGAGUCAAGAUAGUUUUUCAUCCCGAAUUUUUAUCAUCAACCAAUCCAUUGUUUGGACUGGAUUACGAAGAAUUUGUCAGGGGAUGCCAUCUUGGGGUAUUUCCGUCAUAUUACGAGCCUUGGGGCUAUACACCUGCCGAAUGUACGGUUAUGGGAAUUCCUAGUGUAACCACAAAUUUGUCUGGGUUCGGGUGCUUUAUGCAAGAACACAUAGCCGACCCAAUGAGCUAUGGGAUCUAUGUGGUGGACCGACGAUUUAUAGGAUUGGAAAACAGCGUACAACAGUUAGCCCAGUAUAUGUUCGACUUUGCAAGACUCAAUCGUAGACAGCGAAUCAUCCAAAGAAAUCGAACUGAACGCCUCAGCGACCUCUUAGAUUGGAGAAAUCUUGGCAUUUACUAUCGACAAGCAAGGAUAAAAGCUUUGUGCACCCUUUACCCUGAACUUGAAGGUGAACUUGGAGAGGGCGGUGUGAGUAGAUUCAAUUAUCCACGGCCUAUUAGCGAGCCACCAUCGCCCUCCUCUUCACGGCAUACCACUCCUGCAGCAUCUGUUCAUGGCUCUGACGAUGAAGAGGAUGAAGUUGACGACGAAAAGGAGCUUGAAGAGUUGCGGCAAGCGAAUGGUAGGUAACUACUGGCUGUCAAAACUUGUUACCGUUUUAACUAGCAAGUAGAAAUAUCAUCGUAAACAAAAACGAGAAACUUCAUUUCAA